AUGUGGCUGUACUCGAGCACGUCCAAACGCUCUGUCAGGUCCAAACCCCCCUCCCCCGGUCCUCGUUCCAAGACCCCGUCCUCGAAUCUCGAUCCACGUCCAACGUCGCCGAGUUCGGCCCUCGCUGAAGUUCUUCGAAAGAAUCCAUUCCGACCAGGCUCGAAGGAGUGUUUCACACCGCAGAAGGAAGACGAAGACCCCUCAGUUGCCCUGAACAAGGACCUCCAGGUCCUUGCUGAUUUCUUUCCAGACGUCAAGGUCGAAGUCCUCCGCGAACUACUUCUCCGGUUCGAUGGCGAUAGCAGACUGCCAAUAUGCAUAGAACAACUGUACAAGUACAAGGCGGGAUGGGCUAAGGGCCGUAUGAACGUACCACCUAGGGGUCUGGACGAACCGAUCUCAGCAGAAGAACAGUUCAGGGCGAAGGACUAUGUCGAUGCCGUGAAAUGGAUCGCGGGCCUCGAAUUCGGCGCUUUGAGCAGGAAUGCCGUGGACGCCGUGCUUGCUGAGGUCAACUUCUCCUAUGCGAAUGCGAGGCCGACGCUACAGGGCCUUGCUGGUAGAUCGUGGAAAUUCGCCCUUGCAAACUUCCUCAAGAAGAGACGGUCGCCAAGCGAAGUUCCAGCGGUGUUGUUGGACAGAUCGAAGGCGGGGCCCGAAUGGCCGAGACUGAUCACUACAGGCAAUGAUGAGCUCGACCAGGAGCUGUCACAACUCUUCAGUGUCCCGGCUCAAUCCCCUCGAAAACCCAGAGACCAGAAGGUGUCCGACUUCGAAGUGGCCCAAGCACUCAACCUGAAGGAGGCGGAGGAAGCCGGUGCCCUCUUCGAAUGCCGGGUCUGCUAUAACGAUGUCACCUUCGAGGAUGCCUCGGUCUGUACUCGAUCUAAUCAUGUCAUCUGCCUGGACUGCAUCCGGCGAACGCUCAAUGAAGCUCUUUUCGGACAGGGCUGGGCAAAGUCGAUCGACAUCGAGCACGGGACGCUGAAAUGCCUAGCGGACGAUGAUUGUGACGGCCACGUCCCGCACCAUCUGGUCCAACGCUCUCUCAGUCUCCGCGACCCAAAGGCCAGCGGCGAGACAUGGAACCGCUUUGAGGACAGACUUGCCGAACAUAAUCUGGAGCGUUCUGCUCUCUCCCUUGUCCGCUGCCCAUUUUGCCCAUACGCCGAAGCCGAACAGACCUACGACACCGGCGCCGCAGCGGCUAUACAAUGGCGCAUACGGAAACCCGUCACGGGAAUCCACACCAUCAUUGUCAUCCUACUUCUCGAGCUACUUCCUGCGACUAUACUCUUCCUCCUGCCUUUCUUCCUCCUCUUUCCCACCUAUUUCACCACUCUGUUCUAUACAGCGCUCGCCAAUCUCGCGCUUAAAGCCCGGACAACCCGUUUCGUCUGCCAAAACCCAUCAUGUUUACGAAAAUCCUGCCUCAAAUGCCAAAAAGCAUGGCACGACCCACACGUCUGUCAUGAACCGUUGAUUGUCUCCCUGCGCACAACCGUCGAAGCAGCUCGUACUGCUGCGGUCAAACGCAUUUGCCCGCGCUGUGGCACAGCUUUCGUGAAAUCGAGUGGCUGCAAUAAAUUAACUUGCGUGUGCGGCUACUCUAUGUGCUAUCUAUGUCGGAAGAAUAUUGGAAAAGCGGGUAAUAACACUGAGGGAGGCGAAGGCUACAGACACUUCUGCGAACAUUUUCGGCCUAUGCCCGGCCAGCGGUGCACAGAAUGUGACAAGUGCGAUCUGUACAGGGCGGAAGACGAAGACAUGAUGGUCAAGAAGGCUGGUGAGGAGGCUGAGAGGCGGUGGAGGGAGAAAGAAGGCAUGAUUGGUGUCAGGGGGUUGGAGGAUGCCAUUGGCGAUGUAGUGGGGGAGGAUGCCUGGUGGAAGAAGUUUCAGGAGGGAAGGUGGACGGUCCAAGGCGUAGUUGAUUGGGCUGUCGAAAAAGGCGUUGUUGUUGACGUGGAGAGAUGA